AUGGAUCACUUACAUUCUCCAACACAAAAACGCCCAUUGAUAGAAGAGACGAUCUUACCUACACCCGAUGCCGCACUUCCACCGUCUGAUCAGCAGAAUAAACGUCUUAGACUUUUACCUCCUAUUUCAGUCACCCCUUCCCAAGCAGCUCCAAACACUUUUCCACCGAAAUUUCAACUUCCAAUCCCUCCAACCUUACUCGAAUCUAACACAACUAGCUUGUCAAGUCAUUCUUUAAGUUCCUUAUCUGCAACAGAUUCUCCAAUAUUACCAAUCGCCUCUCCUAGAACGCCUUCAGGCCAACAAGAAUUACCCUCUAUCGAUUCUUUAGGUCCUUUGCCGCCACUUCCUCAUUUCGUUUCAACUACUCCCCCUAACACAAUGUCCAUAUCCGCGAUUCUUUCAAAUAAUGAUGAUCCGUUUAUUAGGAAGCUUGACAUGAAUAUCAAGGAAAUUGGAAUUGGGAAUAAUUUGACUCAACAGCAUAAUUCUCAUGAUUAUAACGGUCUACAUCAUUUAAACAAGGGUGGUGAAUCAUUACCUCCUUCACUACGUUUCGAACAUUCUGUCGAUGAAAACGUAAGCGAUGUCCAUAAUGAUGAAUUAGCUGAAAAAAAGGCAGACAAGGAACCAGAUCAGAAAGCUGGUGAAGAAGGAAAUGAAUCUGAGGAAGACAAUCAGAGCGAUGAAUUUUCAUUCGAUUAUUCCUUAUUUGAAGGGAUAAAGAGGGAGCCACAUCUGAUUGUCCAAAACGAUGAGGCAUUAAACAUGGAAGGUCGAGAAGAACGACAUCUAGAAUUUCAUGAAAAUGGUUUAUUAGAAAUAUGGAUUUCCUCUAAACAUUUGACGUGGAAAAACAAUAAAGUUAGAAGCCAAUUUCUAUGGGGUACAGAUGUUUACACAGAUGAUUCAGAUAUUAUUGCAGGACUUUACAUCCCUCCACCGCCCAAUUCAUCUAAUUAUCCAGACUACGAUCUUUGUGUUACAAUCAGGGUUUUACCAAAAUUGGUUCAGUACACGGCAACUGUACGAAAUCAAUAUCAAAGUCGAUCAUGGGGCAAUCAUCACGGUGUUAGUUAUAAAGUUGAAAGUGUUCGUAAAAUGAAGAACGGUGAAGCUAUUGGACGAUCAAUAGGCCAUGGCAGAAAAGAACGCCUUCGAAAGUUUCAUAAAAUGAGGAAACGUGCAUUUGAAGAAAAUGAACUUAAUCAAAGCGAUGACCCUGUUAUUGUUUUCAACAACGAAGGGGACCCAUGCUUUAAAUAUACCCCCCAAUUGAUGGCGGACGACGAAUUCGUAAGAAAACGACUUAGAAAUGAAGUAAUGUAUUUGGAAAAUGACGAUGAACGGUAG